GGAAUUUGGUCAGGUUGUUUAAUCAUUUCACUUAUAGUGUUCAUCUGUUAAGGACACAUUUCGCGCAAGUUAGCCUAAUUAUGUUCGGUGCGAAAUGCUCAUAUUCAUUUUUCGGACAAAAGUCCUGUUCUAUGGCCACGUUGAAGGAUAUCGCUGUACGACUACGGUCUGUCAAAAAUAUACAGAAAAUUACCGCAUCUAUGAAAAUGGUUUCGGCAUCGAAGUUCGCCAGAGCUGAACGUGACUUACGUCCAGCUAGACCUUAUGGUCAAGGCGCUCGAGCAUUUUAUAAUACCGCAGAACUAGUGCCGAAGGAGAUCAAACCUAGUGAGAAUGACUUAUUGAUUGCAAUCACGUCCGAUAGAGGUCUAUGUGGUGCAGCUAAUAGCAGCAUCGUAAAGGCAGUCAGAUCGCUGCUUCGUAGCAAUCCAGAGCUAGAAAAGUCGUGUAAGUUACUUUUGGUUGGUGACAAGUCCCGUGCAAUGAUGAUUCGUCAGUAUCGUAACAUGUUUCUGAUGACUGUCAACGAAGUCGGCAAAAAAGCACCUACUUUCGAGGAUGCGUCUACAAUAGCUCAAGCAAUAAUAUCAACUGACUUUAAAUUUGACAAGGCUGUGAUGUUUUACAAUACGUUCAAGACAGUUGUAUCCUAUACAACGACAAGUCAACCUCUCUUAAGCUUAGAUAAAUUGUCUGAAUCUCAAAACAUCUAUAUCUAUGACUCAGUAGACGACGAGGUCUUGAGAAGUUACAAUGAAUUCCUCUUGACUUCGCUAAUUUUCGCUGCUAUGAAAGAAGCAGCUGCGAGUGAACAGUCUGCACGCAUGACUGCAAUGGAUUCUGCUACAAAAAACGCAGGUGAUAUGUUGGGUAAACUGACACUCAGUUAUAAUCGGACACGUCAAGCAGCAAUCACACGCGAACUCACUGAAAUUAUAUCUGGUGCUGCAGCUGUCUAGUUUUGUCGCUUACUUGAAGUUCUAUAAAAUUAUGUAAUCUAGUAGUAAAUGUCCGGUAAAUAUUUCAUACUCUUUUCCUUCAUUAUCUGAUACCAAAAAAGUGAAUAAAGUCUAUGCAAGAUUCCGUUGAAUGUAAUGAACCCGAUAUGAGAUGUGGACCAUAGUCAGUUUUAGAACAGUCGACGUUGUACUAAUCUCUCUGUAAACCCAGUAAAGUAGCAGAGAUAGGUUUUUGGGACAGAACAUUUAAGAGC